AUGAAGGUCGUCAACCGGAUAGCUCUCGCAUGGCAGUUAGCUGUCACUGCAGCAGCAGUAUCGCAGUCAAAAUUCGUCUCCCUCGAUUCAUACUUCAACAACAAGGCAUUCGGCGUAUAUCCCGGUCAGACGUCCUUUGAUGCAUUGAAUCAGUCCUAUCCAGACCCUAGCAUUAUUGGCAUCAACGGAACCUACACAUCCACGCACACUGGUGUGGUCUACAAUUUCCCGGGCUAUCGCGGGCCCGUCCUCCCUGACAAUGUCGUCUGUGAAGGCCAGACAAUCAUCGUGCCUCGCGAAAAGUACUUCUCAGCGUCAAUGCUGGUGACCUCCGAUGUCCAAUUGUCCACCGUCUCCGGGAAUGUGACAUACACAUAUUCAGACAACUCGACACUUGUAUCAGAACUGCGCAGUCUACCUUGGUGGGCAUUCCUAACAAUCAACCGUGGCGAGAUCAUCUUCCCCUACAGGUAUACCCACAACGACACCAACUUCAACACCUCCCACAUCUUCGAAUACACUGCCGCACUGAAUCCCAACAAGACUCUACAUUCAAUCACCCUUCCAGUCACCACCAACACAACCACAGGCAGACUGCACAUAUUCUCCAUAUCUCUAUGGGAAUCCACAGCCCCAUCAGCGCAAGUGCAAUUCGUGCGUCCGACCCAAAAGUGGACAGAAAGCGGCAACCAGAUAGUCGAAGUGACCAUCAACAACCCAGGCACCAGCUGCAUCGCAGGCACAGGAGUCAAUCUAUCAUUAUCCAUGGCUGGAGUCCAAACACUGGAGCCCGGAAACAUCAAGCGACUCUGCCCCGGCGACCAAAAACGCGUCAACAUUGGCAUCAAUGGUACAGCCAACGGAACAGCAACCGUCGUCCUGAACUACACCCACUCCAUCCAGCAUCAAACCUACCCUCACACCCUCUCCCUCGGCCUAACAGAAUGGACCUCGGAGCUAUCCAGCCUCUCGCAACACGAAAGCCCCGAAUGGUUCGACGACGCCAAAUUCGGCAUCAUGAUCCACUGGGGUCCUUACUCCGUCCCCGGCUGGGGCAACUCGACACCCUAUGAAAGCUACGCCGAGUGGUUCUGGUGGUACACCACGCACCGCGCCGCCGACAAAUCCGACACCUACGACUACCGACUCCGCACCUUCGGCCCUGACUGGAACUACGACGACUCGUUCCCCUCCUUCACGGCCUCCAAUUUCUCCCCCAAAGCCUGGGUGGACCUAAUCGCGGCCUCCGGCGCCAAAUACUUCGUACUAACAACAAAACACCACGACGGCUUCGCGCUCUUCGACACCAAAAACACCACGAACCGCUCCUCCCUCCACUACGGCCCCCGCCGAGACCUCGUGUCGGAACUCUUCACCGCAUCCUCCCUCCACCACCCCUUCCUAAAACGCGGCACCUACUUCUCCCUCCCCGAAUGGUUCAAUCCAGACUUCGGGCCCUACGGGUUCGCCGAACUACCCGGUAACACCUCAACGAGCUGGCCGGGCAUCAUCGCGCGCAACCCCUACACGGGGCUCAACGAGCCCUACACGGGCCGCAUCCCGGUCACCGACUUCAUCACCGACGUAAUGGUGCCCCAAAUGAGCAUCCUCGCACACAAGUACAGCACCGACAUAAUGUGGUGUGACUGCGGAGCCGCGAACGGCACCGCGUCAUUCGCGAGCGAAUGGUUCAAUUCCGCGCGUGCAGAUAACCGCCAGGUGACAAUUAAUUCGCGGUGCGGGGUUGCAGAGGUCUCGGACUUCGAUACGCCCGAAUAUGCGACGUUUAGUUCGGCGCAGUUGCGCAAGUGGGAGAGUAAUAUGGGCAUGGAUCCGUAUAGUUAUGGAUUUAAUCGGGCGACCGGGUGGCAGGGGUAUAUGAAUGCGAGUACGGUGGUGAGGGAUUUGGUGGAUAUGGUGAGUAAGAAUGGGAACUUUUUGUUGGAUGUUGGGCCGCGUGCGGAUGGGAGUAUUGUUGAGAGAGAGGAGAGGGAGUUGAGGAGGGCUGGGGAGUGGAUUCGGGGGCAUGGGGAGGCGGUGUUUGGGACGAGGAUUUGGUGGGUGAGGAGUGAGGGCGUGGGUGUGAGGGUUGGGAGUAGUCAUGGGGCUGAAAUGGAGGUGAGGUUUACGCAGACGAAUGAGGCGUUUUAUUUGUUGUUUCUUGGGGAGCCCGGGAACAAGGUGUUUGUGGAUGCGCCGGUGCCGUUGUUGGAGGGGGAUAGGGUUGUGGUGGUGCGUGGUGAUGGGGUUGAGGAGAGGGAGGUUGAGUGGGAGGGGAGUGCGGCGGAGGGGUUUACGUUCACGGUGCCUGAGGGAGCGUGGAAUGGGGAGGAGUUUUGCUGGGUGUUGAAGGUCGUGUAUGUUGCUUGA